AUGGCGCUCCAGGACAACCUUGUUCGGGACGCUUUGCUCAAGCUCGCCCAGGACGAUAUGCCUUGGGACAAGACCGGUGAAGCUGUGGUUUGGCGCCGCAUCUUUACGGUUACCAUGUUCAAAAUACCGUCGAUGGCAAGCCAGUCUUGGAUGAUCGAUGGUGUGGACGAAUUUUCAUGUUUUGGUUUCCUAUUUUCCAAGAAGUUUCUUGCCACUAUACCCCAUGAUCUUCACCUUUUUGCUACCAGUCGGCUUUUGGAAGACAUUGAGCGUGGCUUCCUCUCUCUAGGACGGAAGAAGGCAACGAUAGAGAAGCUAUCGGAUACGGACACUGUCGAGAACAUGCACCUUUUUCUGGACACGCGACUAAAAGACCUGGGUAGGCCAGACAACCCCCAAGACCGCGAGCGCAUGUGUGAGAAGAUAUUUGCCAAAUCCCGGGGCUCUUUUCUUUGGCCACGACUGGUCGUACAAGAGUUUGAGGAUGUCUGGUAG